ACGUCUCCCUGAUUUUAUUGCAGAAGAGCAAAGGAUACAAGAUGAGCUGGAGGAGGAUUGUGAUGUAGAUAUGUGUGAUGCAUAUUUUACUGAACUCGAGGCCCAUUAUGCUCCAAGUGGCAAUGGAUGGCUGCCCCUACGCGAAGCCGUACGUGCUCAGGGUAUUCGACUGGUCUCUGAGAUGAUACACAAGGGUUGGAUCACUAAAGUCGCCGCAUGUCGACUUCUGGAAGAAUGUGUGAGCCAUGGUGAAAUUGACGCCUUCGAGCUAUUAUUGUCUAAACAACUGACAACCGUUAACACAUAUAAUUACCCAACGGCGUUCGAUCCUCACAGGCCAUCAACCCAUUGCGAUGAUCCUGUCCAUAUCCUGGGAACUUAUUACGCAAAAUUUAUUGGAAGCCGCUCGUUCAUCUUUGACGAACUGGCAAAACUCCUUUCACGUGGAGCCAUGCCGCCGGAGUGGAUGGUCACUAAUCUGUGGAAGUGCUGUGUAGAUGGGGCAAUAAAAGCUCUAUCAACCGAAAGUGUUGACUCAGCUGCUGCAACACGACUGAUCGAAGCUGUGAUACUUUCGGCUGGUGGUAUCUCCCAGGCUUCAGGUGGGCUCGUAUCUCACGGGAAGGCUUUAGGUACACUACGUGGCCGUCUAAAGGACACCCGUGCCUCCGCGGCGAAUACGGCAAGUCUACCCAAAGACCAGUCGCCCUGCCCUGUUCCAAUCCAAGAUGCCCUGAACAAUCUCACUUCAAGUCUUAUUACUGCGCUAUGUGGAAUGUAUAUAGCACGGUCGCAACCCACAGGUGCCGGUGAUAACGUGAUCGGUGUGAAGUUCAGAGACACGUUGAGGCAUUUGGCAUUUACCAUUCAGCGGGCUAUCGGGAUGGGACAAUCAUGCGAGGCUGAAAGAACGACUCUUCAUUCACUGCGCCGUGGGUAUGUCUUAGUAGGCGACUGUAUGCUGCAGUGUGGUGAGGUGUCAUCGUUGGAACCCAUCGGCCCGUCGGACUCUAUCUCGAGGAAGACUCUGGACAUGUUUUUCUUAUCAUUAGCGUGUCAGCAUGACAUGGUCAAAGAAUUAGCAGAUCUGGCCCGACGGGUUGUCAAGUUCUACGAGCGCACGCACAAGAUCAGCCAAACUAGGGUAUCCUCGGGGGUUCGGUCCAAAGUUUCACAACUUGCUGGGCUGACGAAACUCCAUGGUUUCUCUUCGCUCCUUGCGAAGGUAGCGGCCGAAACUGCCAUGGGACUCGCCGAGUCUACUCUGGAUGCCGAUGACCAUACCUGGGCGAUUGAGGUCCAACAGGAUGCGGUUCUACUUCAGCAAGGACAGAACCCGAAACAGAACCCCGCAUCUGGCUGUGAAGCCAUAGGUGAUAGCGCUGAUUUGUAUCGAUGGGAGGAAAGCAUCGGUGAGUGGGUGGCCAGCACACCUGCAGCCAAAUCGAAAUCUACUCAGUCAAGUAUCGCCAAAGGAUAUUCUACUCGGUCACCAACCAUUGCGUGCUCGACAAGUAGCAUAUCGUCCAGUUCUAGCCCCUCACAGGAUGCUGCCUCCAGCGUCACAUCAUCUGCGCCAUCUGUCUCAGCUAAAAGAGCUUUCAAGGCCGCAGGAGUUGGCUCUAAGUCAUGCAAGAGGCUUCGCUCAACCCCUGUGGAAAGCCAAACCCGUGAUUCACCAAUGGCGACGGCGCUCCCGCUUGCAGGAUCCCCGAUAGCCGCCCGGACCAGGGCAGCACGUGGGGCCUUCAAGGACUCAGUCCAACCGAAAGUUCCGAAAGCGUGCCCUAUCAAUACUUCAUUCCCUACAACCAAGGUGGAAGUGGUCAUUAUCAAUAAGAACGUUUCAGCCUUAGAUCCCAUGACUCGCAGGCGUCAUUCCCGAACUACGGACGAGCGUAUCGACUUGAGGCGUAGAAAAUCGCUUUCGGCCACGUUGGAGCAUCGGAGUGCUGGUAAACAAGCAAGUGCACCACCCAUAACAAGGCGGACGAUUCCUUGCUCGCAGGAUGACGAUAGUGAUGACGAACUGAGCUUUUUGUGAGAGCCUUUGUCAAUUGGCCGUAGAACCCCCUCCCAUCUUAUGCCUGACGAAUAGUAAAGUUUUGGUCACUCGCUCUUUUCUUGCUGUCAUUGGCACUGGAAGUUUAUCAAGGUGUUUCAGGAUUAUUCUCAAUUUUUUUCUCUCUCAUUUUCUUUUCUUUCGAAGGUGUUACUUUGGAUAUUUUGAUCUGGUAGUGUAUGAUACCCGGGCAUUCGUCGGAUGUUUGGACGGUUC